AUGCCGACGAAGGGAGAAGCCAACAAAACGUGCGUUCAGGCAGUACAGACGAAAAUCGCCAACCAUUGGACGGUGUCAAGAAAAUCGUGCUCACCGGAGCAGUAUGACGCUGAAGAAUGGCUCUUCACGCUCUACCUCGGCAAGGACCGCUACUACUCCUCCCGUUGCUUGCGGUUCUCACGUUGGUAUCUGUUUUUCGCGAGUUUUCUGGUUCAAUUCUGCAUCGGGUCACUGUACUCGUGGUCUGUCUUUAACAAACCCAUUGACGCUCAUGUGUACAACGACCCGAAAGCUGGUCAAGCCGUGAACGCAUUUUAUAUCGCCGUUGGUAUCUUCGGUACGACGACAGCUAUUAUGGGACCCUGGAUCGAGCGUAAUGGUCCUCGCUACGGUGUAGUGCUAGGAACGUCGUCAUUUCUUCUAGGUCACGCGAUUACUGCGAUGGGUGUGGCUCACAAGGCAAUUGCAGCCAUUUACAUCGGAUACGGUCUGUUCUGUGGCUUUGGCAUGGGUAUGUGCUAUAUCGCUCCAGUAUCGGCAUUGCAGAAGUGGUUCCCUGACUAUCGAGGCACAGCGGCAGGCUUCGCUGUCGCUGGGUAUGGAGCAGGGGCUGUGGUGUGGGCGAAAGUCUACCGUCCUUGCAUUGAAGCUGUCGGGGUGUCCUCAACCUUCCUGGUUGUCGGUUGUGCAAUGGCAAGUACCAUGUACCUCUGUGCUAUCGUACUCCGCACCCCUCACUUGGAGUUCACGGUUGGAGGACUCAACAUGCACGGUGAAACUGUAGACGAACCGGAAAUGGCUACAGAUAACGCAGAACACGUCACCUCGAAGCACCGCUACGAGUCGGCAGCGUCCGAGAACGAAAUCGACUUUAUCAUCAGCACUAACGCUCAAGUGCGUAAACUGACGUUGAUCGACGCUAUCAAGACUCCAGACUUUCUGUGUAUGUACCUCAUGUUCUUCGCUAACCAGAUCUACGGACUGGUGGUGCUGUCCAAGCUGUCGAACAUGUGCACCGAUAUUUUCGGUAGAACGGCGGACGAAGCUGCAGACAUCGUGUCUAUCAACGGCGUUUUCAACUGCUUCGGUCGCCUCUUCUUCUCACUGUCAUCGGAUCUGGUGGCGCGCAACUUUAAUAUCGAGCACGCGUUCGCGCGCAAGUGCGUUUUCUACACGACUCUGAUCCUCCAGGUGGUGAUUGUAGGCACCACGCCGAUGCUCAUUCGCAACAAUGAGUACACGGCGUUUGUUGCCGAGAUCUUUGUAUUGACGGCUAGCUACGGUGGCGGAUUCGGUACCAUCCCUGCCUUCCUGACUGAUAUGUUUGGUGCGCUCAACAUUGGCGCCAUGCACGGACUGAUCCUGACCGCGUGGUCGAUUGGUGGUGUCGUGGGUGGCAUCACGUUCAACAACGCGUACAGUAGUAAGAUUGAGGCGGGAGUGGCCAUCAGUGAGGCGUACAUCUCGACAUUGAACAACAUCUUCAUCAUUAUCGUGGCUGGGCUGGUAGUUCUGCUGUUUGUUCGUACGAACCCCAUGGACCGAUUCGAGUCCGGUUACCACUUCAGCAUCUUCGGUCGACGAGUUAUCAGUAUCAAGGGGCAAGAGGAAGUUCCGAAGAAAGACCCGUUGCUGCAGAUUAUCUAA